UUAACUAGUGAGACAAGAAAAUCUUGAUCUAAUCAUGAAAUAUCAAGAAGUAAUCUUUCAAGGAUAUCACAAUUUGAUUCCUCUCUUCCUCUCACCUUUUACUCACGAGAUCUCCUCCCCAUAUCCUCUAUUUUUACCUUCUUAUAACCCAUACAUAAAAAUCAAUUAUCCAUUCAAGAUCACUCCCAAAUUCAGCCCCUCCCUCACUCAUUUCCCAGCAGAAAACGAGAGCAAGAGAGGAGCUCUUGCCCUCUCGGUUUGGACAGCAAAACAGGAACAGAAAAGGCUGCUGUCCCUCUUCCCUUUUCUCCCUUCAAACCAUCCCCAUCACCACCUUUUUCCUUCAAGUUUGAUCAGGUCCAUAAGCCAAAAUGAUGGCUUAAUCACAACCCCUUUUUCCUUGUUUGUUACUUGACUGAAAUCACCCAAAUACACUCUUUAGUUGCUGAAUUUUCGAGAACCUACACACACAAAUAGUUGCUGAACUCCAGGUACCAAAUAAGCUCCUAAAAACCUUCCUGUUGCUGCCAUUUUUCGAAAUCAUAACAGUCCAUUGAAAGUCAUUUUUGAGUGACAUAGAUCCCAUGACAACCUCUUCCAUGAUGCCUAGAAAGAUGGUGUUCAACUCAUGAUAUAACAAUCCUUUGUGAUAGUAUUAGAACAAAGUCCUCCCAAAGAAUACUUUCGUCACGAGCCUUCGAGAAACCGGGAACAUCUCGACAUCUUUGAACCCGAUAAAGACACGCAACUAAAAUGGAUAAUUUAUGGAGAUAAUUCAUACCACCAGCAGACGAGCCCAUGUUUCAUGUUCUACCGGGAGAUCCCUAUUUCCCCGACUAUGCAUCUGUGUACCAACCCAUUUCUCCAGCUGAACAUGCACCGAUGCAAUUUGAUGAGUUCGAGCCUGAAGAAGAUCCAAAUGAGGAUCCGGAAGAGGAGAUGGAGGAGGAACCUAAGGAUGAUCCCGAAGAAGAUAUGGAUGAAGAUGAGGUAAUAAUAAUAACCGAUUCAGAGUCACCCGCUCCAAUUCCACCUUCUCCCAGCCGCUCUUUCCUUGGAUUUUCGCUCCGCCGUUCAAGAAAAACCGCUAAGAUUUCGGUCCCAAAACCCGUUACUAUAAAAUAUAGCUUGAGGUCCCCUUGCACCAAAAAGACGAUGGAACCACCUGUUUCGGAAAGCAACCAUGAGAACCAAAGGAUGACCGGAAAGCGGACGGCAGGAACAUUUGAAGAAGGACAAACAUCUGGAGCUGCACCUGCUUUUGACAUGGACAUUGACAAAUUGUCCUUCCUACUUGAGCAGAACGUCCGAUUGCACGGACAAAUGUGGCACAUCAGUGAUGAACUAAGCAACAUGCAGGGUCAAUCCAUAAAAACGAAGGAAGAAAUGGCCCGAAUGAAACAACGACAAGAGCAGUAUCAGAUCUUGCAAGACAAUCUCUGUCAAGAGAUGGACUACCGCCAUAAUAGCUGGACUUAUUUCGAUUCAAGAAUGACCAAUGUGGAAACUCAAAGUCAAAUUGCAUUCUCAGUGGCACACGGAGUCGAGGAGAGGCAUGCGUUGCUAGAAGAAAAACACGAAUCACUAGAGGAAAAACAUAAAAUACUAGAAGAAAAAUAUGACGACAUGUCCCGCUCAGUGGACAAAUUUUUUAGUUUUGAUAAAACUAAUUAGUCGAGUUUCCGAGAAACUUGCAGAUUUUGGGUACCAAACUUUUCGGAUAUGUAUUUGGAUAUGUAAGCAUAUGUAAACUUUAUUUGUUUAUUAGUUGGUCUUUGUACCACUAAUCUUAAGUCUUUACAUUUUGAGAAUGGUAAAGACUAUUGUACUCGGAUGUUAAUGUUUAAUAUAAUGAAGCAUAUGUUAUUACGUUUAAA